UUUCUUGGCACAAGGAUGUAAUUUCAAUGUUCUCUCUUGGUCUUUCAAACUUGGAGUUUCGACAGUCCGAAAAAUUAUAUAUGAAACAUGUGACACUAUUUGGGAAGAAUUGCAUGAUGCAUAUUUGUCAACACCAAACUCACACGAACUUCGAGAUAUUGCAAGCAACUUCUAUGUAAAGACUGGAAUGCCGCAUUGCUUGGGAGCUAUAGAUGGGAAGCGCAUUCGUAUAAAAAGAACUAGAAAUAGCGGAUCGUUGUACUACAAUUAUAAGAAAAAUUUUAGCAUUGUACUAAUGGCAGUGAGUGAUGCUAAUUACGUGUUCACAUAUGUUGAUGUCGGUGCUCUAGGAAGCCAAAGUGACGGUGGAAUUCUUGGAAAGAAAUUGCUGAAUGUUCCUUCUGACACAAACUUACCGGGUACAACGAACAGCUUUCCGUAUUAUUACGUCGGCGACAGUGCGUUUCCACUGAAACCAAAUUUAAUGCGACCAUUUCCCGGCCGCCACUUACCAGAAGAUAAAGACAAAUUUAACUUAGCGUUGUCUAGAGCCCGAGUGCACAUAGAAAACGCAUUCGGAAUUUUAUCCAAUCGCUGGAGAGUACUGCAUACAUGCUUGCCCAAAGAAUGCAGACAAAAUUGUUUUAACUACGUUAGUACUUCAUGACUUUUUGAUGUUACAAAUGACAGGAAUUACUGCACCCUUGAACUUGCUGACCACUCAGAAGGUAACAGAGAAAUACCCGGGCGUUGGAGAAAAGAAGCAAAUUCCCUUGAAUCGUUUCAACCAAGAGUAACCAAUCGCUCAACUGCAAACGCAUUUCAGUUACGUGAAACCCUAAAAGAAUUUGUUUCAAAUAAUGCUGUAUAAUGUUAACUAUUUUCAUACAAUAUUAUAUUUAU